GGGACAGGGCCUCCAUGGUGACAUGGAGGCGGAAGUGCUGGACCGCCGCCAUUUCCCAAGAUGGCGGCGGAGGCGCUGCUGAGGGGGCUGCUGGUCCCGCACCUGCUCCCCGAGCGCUGCUACGAUGAGCUGCUGCUGCGCUUCAACCUGCUGCACGUUCCCUGUCUGAAGAUCCUGAUCAGCAAAUGUCUAGGAAUCGCCAUCGUUGCAGGGUCACUUAUGGUGAAGCUGCCUCAGGUGUUUAAGAUCCUGAAGGCGAAGAGUGCUGAGGGGCUUAGUUUUAACUCUAUCCUACUGGAGCUACUGGCCAUCACGGGCACCAUGGUGUACAGCGUGGCCAACAGCUUCCCCUUCAGUGCUUGGGGAGAGGCUCUCUUCCUUAUGCUUCAAACAGUCGCCAUUGGCUUCCUGGCCCAGCAUUUCGGGGGUCGCACAGCACAAGGUAUCUCUUUCCUAGUGCUGUAUUUUGCUCUGCUCGCUCUGUUGCUGUCCCCCCUUGUGCCCCAGGCCGUGGUCACUCUGCUGCAAGCCACCAACAUGCCCGCUAUCAUCAUCAGCCGAGUGCUCCAGGCAGCCACCAACUACCACAAUGGACACACGGGGCAGCUGUCAGCCAUCACCAUCUUCCUGCUCUUUGCUGGCUCGCUGGCCCGGAUUUUCACUUCCGUGCAGGAGACAGGAGAUCCCCUGAUGGCUGUCACCUAUGUGGUCUCGUCUGUCUGCAAUGGGGUUAUCGCAGGCCAGCUGCUGUACUACUGGGACAUGUCGGCCGGCGUGGAGGCCAGGAAGAAGCAGGCAUAGGAGGGCGGGGACCCCAGAGGGGUUUGGGAGCUGACAACUGUAGCUUGCUAACAAGCAGGCAGUCAGCAGGGCUGGCUCUGCCCCACUAUAAUCUGAGUCCUAUCGAGGGGGGAGCAGAGCUGCCUGCCUUCUGGCUCAUCAGCACUCUCUAGAGGGACCCCUCUCAGCCAGCCUGAUCUGUUCCCCUCCCCCCACUUUCCCUUUCUUGGCUUUGUCAAGGGUCUGUGCUCCUUUUACCAGCUGGGCUCUGGCAGGGAGGAGCUAGGCCUGUAAGUGCCCCCCCCUUAAUUAAAUGCUGAGUUUUCAUGA